AUGAUGACAGUCCACACACACACAAAGAGAAGGAAGGUUGGUAGUGUGCAUGUUUGUUUGUGUCUUGAACCUCCUGCCAUUCUUCACAUUUCAGUCACGGCAACUACAACACAUCGGGAUUGUAUCCCAUUCCCAUGGGUAACAGCAAUAGUUAGUAAAAUCACGGAACACACACACAUCACCAGGAGGACACAGCAAAUGGCGGCAAAACAGAUCCCAGAUAAUAAUGCCAACAAACAAAGAGGACACUCCCCUCACAAAAUGAUGGUUUGUCAUGUGAUGAGUGCCAUAGGGAGCCCAAUGGAUGUGUUCAGUGAAAAAAUGCAAACAAGAGAUCUAUCGUGCUGGAAGAGAAAAAAGAAAGGCUGA